AAAAAACGCCUCCGCCAAUGACUCAAGCGAAGGACGGAGGUGAGAUUAACAGGGAUUCUCAGCAGAAGCAGCGGUCCUGUUAUUAUAAAGGAAAAAUAUUCGCAAUGGGCAGCACCGACUCCAAACUCAACUUCAGGAAAGCAGUUAUUCAGCUGACAACCAAAACACAGCCAGUGGAAGCCACAGACGAUGCGUUCUGGGACCAGUUCUGGGCAGACACCACCACCACAGUCCAGGAUGUUUUUGCACUUGUGCCAGCUGCAGAGAUAAGAGCUGUUCGAGAGGAGUCCCCCUCGAAUUUAGCAACCCUCUGCUAUAAGGCUGUGGAGAAGCUGGUGCAAGGCGCAGAGUCUGGUUGUCCCACGGAGAGGGAGAAGCAGGUGAUCCUGAACUGCACUCGCAUCCUGACUCGCAUCCUUCCGUACAUCUUUGAGGACCAGGAUUGGAGAGGAUUCUUCUGGUCGACCGUGCCUGGUGCUGGGCGGGCUGGGGCGGAUGAGCUGGAUGAUGAUGACGGAGCUCGACCCCUGGCCGAGUCGCUGCUCCUGGCCAUCGCCGACCUGCUCUUUUGCCCUGACUUCACUGUGCACAGCCAUAAGCGAGGCCCUGAUUCUGUAGAGAGCAUGCAGUCUCUAGACAGCUGUGAAUACAUCUGGGAGGCAGGGGUGGGCUUUGCACAGUCCCCGCCUCUCAACUACAUCCACGACCUGAACAGGACAGAGUUGCUGAGGUUGUUGCUAACCUGCUUCUCUGAGGCCAUGUACCUCCCGCCGUCAUCAGACAACACUGUCCUUAACCCUUGGGUGACAUUCUUCUGCUCUACAGAAAAUAGACAUGCUCUGCCUCUGUUCACCUCUCUGCUGAAUGUGGUGUGUGCCUAUGAUCCAGUGGGCUACGGCAUCCCAUACAAUCACCUCCUCUUCUCUGACUACCGGGAGCAGCUGGUGGAGCAGGCUGUGCAGAUCCUCAUUGUGACACUUGAGCAUGACGGAGGGGUUCCCCACCGCCCCGCCUCCCCGUCCAGCAUGGAGGAACAAGAGUCUACAGGCCCUGAAAACCUGUUUGUGAAUUAUUUGUCAAGGAUUCACAGAGAGGAGGACUUUGACUUUGUAUUGAAGGGCCUAGCUCGUCUGCUGACCAACCCUUUGACUCAGACUUACCUGCCUAACUCGACCAAGAAGAUCCAGUUCCAUCAAGAGCUGCUGGUGCUUUUCUGGAAGCUUUGUGACUUCAAUAAGAAAUUCCUGUUUUUUGUCCUGAAGAGUAGCGAUGUCCUGGAUAUUCUGGUUCCUAUACUCUACUACCUGAAUGAUGCCAGAGCUGACCAGUCCCGCGUCGGACUCAUGCACAUCGGUGUGUUCAUUUUGCUGCUGCUGAGUGGGGAGAGAAACUUCGGCGUGCGCUUGAAUAAGCCCUACUCCGUCCAUGUUCCUAUGGACAUCCCAGUGUUCACAGGGACUCAUGCUGACCUGCUUAUAGUGGUCUUUCACAAGAUUAUCACCACAGGCCACCAGCGUCUCCAGCCUCUGUUUGACUGCCUUCUCACUAUUGUUGUAAAUGUGUCUCCUUACUUGAAGAGCCUGUCCAUGGUGGCAGCCAAUAAACUGCUCCACCUGCUGGAGGCUUUCUCCACCUCUUGGUUCCUGUUCUCUGCAGCCCAGAACCAUCACCUCGUAUUCUUCCUUCUCGAGGCUUUCAACAAUAUUAUCCAGUACCAGUUUGAUGGGAACUGCAACCUGGUGUACGCCAUCAUCCGUAAACGUAAUGUGUUCCACCAGUUGGCCAAUCUGUCCUCGGAUCCUGCCUCCAUCCAGAAGGCUUUGCAGAGGAAGAGGAAGUCUCCAGAUGUCAUUUCCCGCACUAGUUCCCAGGAGACUGUGUCCAUGGAGGGCUCUCACCCUGCUGUGCCAGCAGAGCCUGGCACACUGAAGGCCAGUCUGGUCGCUAUUCCAGGCAUUGAUAAGCUGACUGAGAAGUCCCAGGUAUCAGAGGACGGCACCAUGGUGUCAGUUCCAAACACAGACUCCCUGCACACAGUCCACACAGACCAAAGCGCCGUCGCCGGGACCAGUGACACAGAGUCAAACUCAGGCCGAGACAAUGAAGAUGUUUUCUACACUGACGCAGAAAUGGAGAGAAGACGUUUGUCAAGUGCGUCUUCAACAUCCUUUUGGGCUCCCACACCAGACUGGGUCCUUUCCUGGAAGUGUAAGCUACCACUACAGACUAUCAUGCGACUUCUACAAGUGCUAGUUCCCCAGGUGGAGAAGAUCUGCAUCGACAAGGGUCUGACAGAUGAAUCAGAGAUCCUGAAGUUCCUCCAGCACGGCACAUUAGUGGGCCUGCUGCCAGUCCCUCAUCCCAUCCUUAUCAGAAAGUAUCAGGCCAACGCAGGCACUGCUAUGUGGUUUCGCACCUACAUGUGGGGUGUCGUCUAUUUACGCAAUGUGGACCCUCCUAUCUGGUAUGACACUGACGUCCGCCUUUUUGAGAUUCAAAGGAUGUAGACGGAAGACUAAAAAUGGGACUGUUCAGGCUCCAGGGUUUCUCCUCCAUUCAGUAUAUGGUGGUUUCUUAGAAAACCUCACUGUGUUUAACUUGCUUCUGUAAUCAUCAUCAUUAUAAUGCUUACACCACUGACUUGGGUAGGAGAGUCAGACGAGCAAGGUCAGAUUUAGAGAUGACUGAAUUAUCAAUAUUGUCCAUAAACAACUGUGUUAGUACAUUUUUUAAUAUCAGAACCAUAGAACUUGAAAGCUGAGUUGACCACAGGGUUUCAUGAAGGCUGAGGCUCUUUUCCUGGCAGCAUAGAAGGGAAAGAGAAGUUUUCAGUCAGACCUGCUAUAGAAGAUAUGGUGCUUUCCAGCAGAGGCUUGUAACACAUCUUGGACGGCAGAAUAUUGAUGUUUCAUGUUAUUUGUCGUUACUCGCUAUGCUUUAAAGUGAACUUGCACUCUUUACGAAUUGUUUCUGUGUAGUUUCUGUGACAUGUGACUCUGCAGGAUUUUGGAAAUGAUACAGACUGUAUGUUUUUAUGUAUAUGUCCAGGUUUACGUUUUGAUCUGGCUGGGUGUGCUAACAAUACUUAAUGUUGAAAAUUGUAUUUUCCUUAAAUUAUCUUGAAAAUAUAUAUUGAUAUGCAUCUGUGAA